AUGGGCGCCGCGCCCGCGCCCAUGGAGCGCGGCGUGUCCGCAGAGCCGGGGCCCGUGAUCCUGGGGCGGUCUGGCGACGGCUCUCCGGCGAGCAAGCAGCUGAGUUCUCCGUCGGGGCGCAGCGGCGGCAGCCCCGCUCGGCGCAGCGCCGCGGGCAAGCCGGCGCCCUCGCAUUGUCCGGAGGCGGGGUCGCUAUCCCGGCUCCUCCGCGUCGCUGCCCAGCUCGGCGCUGGAUCACGCGCCGCCGCAGGAUCUGACGCCGCCGCCCCCGCACGGCCGCAGCUCUCGCGGAAGGCCUCGUGGCGCUCGCGCGCCUCCACCCGCUCUCGGGUCUUUUUCUCGGCAAGCGCAGCGCGCUCAACCGCGUCAACUGUGAGGAGCUCGCUCAGUAACCUGGUGAUGAUGGUACACAAGAGUACGACCCGCGUCCUUGCGUUCAAGUUCACGCAGGUCUGGGGCGACGCCGACGGCGAUCAGACGCUGCGAGGCAUGAAGCUCGCUGACGACUCCGACGACGAGGCGCAGGAGGCCGAGGGGCUGAUGCGCCGGAUGUCGACCUGGAGAAGUCGGAUGUCUGCCGCCGAGAGGGUCCCAGACGUCGACCCGAAGACUGCUUCUGGCGAGGCCCUCCCCGAGGAGCAGCCGUCGGGGAGCAGGCGCGCGGAGGACAGCCCGAGGCCGGUCGCCAGCAGGACCAUGCCGAUGCUGCCCUGUGUGAGCGACGGCAGCUCAGUGCAGAAGCCGAUGCGGCACGUCAGGCUGCGGCAUCGGCGGCAGCCGCAGCCGCAGCUUCCUGGAGAGCGGGUCGCUGAGCUUCCACCAGCAGCCGGAUGGCUUCCUGAGCCCGUCGCGGUCGCUGUGCUCUGCAGGCGAAGACAGCAAGGACUGCCCGGCCGCGCGGCGGCCCCGCCGCCCCCAGCGCCUCGCGGGAGGUGGCCGAGGCCGUUGCGGGCGCCGCCGGGCCUCCGCCGCCGCCGACGCGCGCGGAGCUGGCGCGGCUGGUGCUGA